AUGGACCAAAGGCCUUCCAAGACCGAUAAGUUAAAGUCUUUUUUCAAGCCAGGUCGCCAUCGAGACUCUAGGUCGCCAACUCCCAAAGCGGCCGACUCAUCGUCGUUGCCGACAGAUCCCAAUGUGGCCCACAACACCCGGGAUCCCCGUAGGCCGCCUCAGCCUUCAGCCCCUCCUGCUCCAGGGAGCAAUGCUAGCCUAUGGGAAAAGGCCCAGAAAGAAGUUGAGAACGACAGCGGUUGGCCCGAAUUCAGCGCCAAAUUUAUGCAAAAUGGAUCCAUUGUUGGCAUCGACUCCAUCAUCAGCCAGUUUCAGGAUGCCCGAUCCGAAGCCGAAAAGAAGAAAUGGGCCAUUUCUGUCAACGGGAGGCAGUUUGUCCUGAGAGAUGCCGUAGAUUCCAUUGUUGAAUACGCGGCUGUCUUCAAAGAUGUUGGCGUUUCUAUCGCCGCUUGCGAUCCCAACCAGAAUGCCGCCUUAGCAUGGGGAAUUGUUCAAUUUUUGGUUACGGCGGCUGUCAAGAACAAAGAGGCUCAUGAGCUGGUGGGUAACUACAAACCCAUAGCAUAUAUCAUGAGUCAAUGUGCCGUUUACGUCGAGCUUUAUCUUGAGAAUAAAGCAGUCAGUCCGCAAACCAAGGAUUCAUUUGCCACUUCUGUCCAGGACACCUAUACCGCGGUGCUUCGGUACCUGAUAGCCGCUUGGAAGUUUAUGCAGCAGACCAAAUUCGGUCACUCCUGGCGGGCGGUCAUCAAACCCGACUCUUUGAGAUCCGAAUUUGACAAGGCUGAAGCGGCUAACUCGGUGAUGCUGGGCGAGCAAAGGAAGGCUCAAGCUCAAGUAAUAAAUGAUCAGAGCGACCGGACCCGAAAGCUAGAAGAGUUUAUUCAUCGCCUGGGUCCAUCAUUCGAUCAAAUUUCCCAGGGGAUGAAAGAUCUUCACGACCAACGGCAAAGAGAGGAAUUGAAGAGAACUCAGGAAGAUGUACUGAACAAGAUAUCAUCAUACGUAUACCACGCUCGGUACACCCAAAUUCUUCAAUUGCGGAUGGAGAGCACGUGCCAAUGGAUUUUAAGCGAUCCCUCUUUCCAUCUCUGGAGGAAAUCGGACUCAUCCUUCAAUAUAUGGUUAAAUGGAAAAAUGGGCACCGGGAAGUCGACCAUUGUGGCGUUUAUUGUUGAGGCCAUAAUGGAACAGAUCAGGUCUGAGCCCGAUUCACCCGUUCGGCUGGCAUAUCAUUUCUGUGACGGAACUUCUCAACAGAGCCAGACAUUUGAAUACCUGUCAGUUAUCCUUGGAUCUCUUCUCAAACAGCUUUGCCAAUUUCCCACGGUCGAAAUUUCCGAGUCGUUAGCACAACGGGCGCAAAAUGAGCAAGCGGGGACCUUACGUGCUGACGAAUGCGAUCUAUUCCUUCAGCAACUAAUAAUGUAUCAUCCUACCGUCAUCGUCAUUGACGCCUUGGACGAAGUUUCUCAAGAAGUGUGUGUUUUGCUCAUGAAAACUCUAGAGCACUUGCAGGCGGUCACGACAAAACCCGUCAAGAUCCUCAUCUCCAGUCGACCCAUGCAGAGGAUUGAACGAUUGUUGGAAAAGUAUUCCAAAAUUGGGGUUCAGAACCAGGACGACAUAAAUCGCUAUAUUCAGGCUCGACUGGACCUUUUUAUUGAGUCAAGUUACUUGGAUCUGGAAUCUGCAAAACCACGGAUACAACGGUCUUUACGGACACAAGCUGGCGGAAUGUUUCGCUGGGUCCAGAUGUCUCUUCAAGUCAUUUCUAGCGAUCACAGUUUGACAUCGGAGCAGGAUAUAUUGGACCUCAUCAAGAAUUUACCGCCGGAUCUUGGAGCCUUGUAUGAGCGAAUUUUUGAACAAAUCGAGAGCGGCAAUCCGAAGCACUCCAGGAUGGUCCACCAGUCUCUAACUUUGCUCAUGUAUUCAGAGUUUCCUCUGAUCACUCGAGAAGUAAUACAGGCUGUCCUUCCGGUCUCCAAUUUCAAAUCUCCCGAGGGUUUCGUAAUCGAUUCCUGCAAAGGUCUCGUUGAGUGGGACAAGAAUCAAGACACAUUUCGACUGGCUCAUGCAACCGUUAGGUCGUUUCUGGAUACGAAACCAGGCUUCAGCUUCCCGGAGUGCCAUGCUUUACUUGCCAAAAUAUGCCUCGGUCACUUGCAAAAGCAAAAGCUUCUACUUAGUAAUGAACCACCGACAUCUUGGGAAUACAGGUCUUUCACCAAUUACGCCGUUGUUUGUUGGCCAUGGCAUGUUUUGUAUGCCUUUGAAAAGCGAUUCAGUGAUCCUGAGCUUCGCGAGUUCUUUCCGUCGAAGCCAGAUACACCCUGGGCUCAUUGGACCGGACGUGUUGCAAAAUCAAUUGAUGCACAUGUGCGGCGACGUCUUAUGGCAAUACGGCCUACCGAGUCAGACUCGGACUCAGACUCGUCAGCCGACCCUGACUUGGCAGAAAUUGAGUUUUUAGAAAACUACCUCCAGUUCCUCGACCCAGAAUCGUCGAAUCAGCCCGAGGAGCCCACAAACACACCAGCCGAGGAUCUUGUCGACCUCGUCAAGUGGAAAGAAUUUAGGUCACAGCCGCCAAAUCCACUUUGGUCAAUGCUUUACUGGGAUCUGACACGGGCUUUGAUCGGUCCUAAAACAACUAUCAAUGAAGGACUUUUCACAAUUGUAAGAGAGCCUGUCUGGUAUACGAGGGUAGAAGACGAUGGCUCAGAGAGGGAAGUGCACGAAUUCUCAUCCAUGGGCCCUCCUCUGGGGAUUUUUUCUCAGCGAGCUGAUUUUGAAUCCCUCAAAGUGCUAAUCCCGAAGGUCCCCAAACCUGCAUUCGAUCAUUGUCGUCACAACCCACCUCUCAGCAGCAUCCUGGAGAACAAAAAGCUCAGCUCGGGCGAGCAGGAGGAGAUAUUCGAACUGAUGUUACACCACGGAGCCUCAGCGAAAGAAAUUGAUCAUGUUUAUGGGCACACUAUCUUGCAAAAAGCAGCCGAAUUGGGGCGCACCGAACUUGCGGACUUGUUGCUUCGGCAUGGUGCGGACAUCAAUGGCUCGGGUCCUGCUGGAAAAGUGCCACUCCUCGCAGCCUGUCAAGCAGACGAUCCGACCGAGAUGAUUGAACUUCUUCUGAAGAGAGGCGCCAAUCCAACAGUGGUUGACGCAAAUGGCAAUACGGCACUCCACUAUCUUACUUGGAAUCUGGAGUUUUCCGAGGAUCGUGACUAUUUCGAUGUGGUUCAAUCCUUGGUUGACAGAGGAGUAGAAUUGGAAGCAGUCAAUGAGGUCGGGAGAACUCCGUUACAUCUCGCAGUGAUAGACAAGAACGUGGCCAUGGAAGAAAUCCUCUUGGAGCGCGGAGCUUCCAUCUAUGCUCCAGAUUUCCUUGACCGCACGCCAGUGCACUACGCUGCUGACAUGGGAGACACAGACGUCCUGGAAAUUUUGACUUCGGACGUCUUUUGGCCUGAGGGGAGCGCGGCUCUGGAAAUCAAAGAUGCACUGGGAUUCACAGCACUGGGGCUCUCCAUUUACAGAAGAAAUCUCGACACCAUGCGCAUCCUGCUCGAAAGAGGAGCCCUGUCACACGCUCACAUUUCAGAAGGAGACAUUUCACUACUCCAGCUAGCCUUGUCCAUAGAAUUUCACGCGGGUAUCGCCCUGCUGCACACCUAUGGUGCGCAGGACGAACAAGUCUCUGCCUGUUACGGCGAAGCUGAGGGCAAAUAUGCACGCAUAGGGAGACAAGGCCGUGAUCCGGAUGACGGUGCAAUGCAACCGGAGAAUAGCCAUGUUUCCCCUGAGGAAAGAAAUGGCGAACAGAUCGACCAAUCUCUCACAGAGACAGCCUCUGGUAUUUUCCGCGAGUCAGAAAAGGGCCGGAAAGCACGACAGAUCUGUGCAGACCUGCAGGAUGCCAAUCUUGUCAUCUACAUUGGAAGGGAAAGCGGGUAUACCUAUAAUGAAGUUGAAGAUGGAGACCUAGACAGGCUGAGAGAGGUGCUCCAGAAAUAUGGACGCGAAAUUCAUAUCCCACCAAGAGACGAAGACAUUGAAAGAGCCCUAAAUUGGUUGCGUGAAGAUGGGACAUAUUCAGUCGAUGGAACGAAGACAGAUUCUGGAGGUGAAAAUACAGAUGACGAUGACGAUAAGGAUGAGAAUGAGAUUGAGAAUGAGAGUGAAGAUCAUGACGAGAAGGAGGAAGGAGACGACGAUGAAGACCGAGACAAAGUCAGAGCUCCACAAGAGAAGAUUUUUAUCGAAAGAACCGUCGGAUGCAGCGGAUAA